UUAAAACGUUCCCCCCAAUUUUCUUGAACCUUUGACAUUUGUUCUUCUUUUCAGCUUCCUCUCUCCCUUUAACAUACCAAGAGCGAAAAAAAAAAAAAAAAACCUAUUUAUACACAAUGAUUCCAUAAUUCCAUCAUCUCUCCCUUCAAUAUCAAGCAUCCUCAAGUUUAAUCCUGCCUAUAUUUUCUAAGUUCCCUUUUUUAAAAGAAAAAAUACGUAUAUAUUUGAUUGACAGUGUCACAAAGAUACGCCAUCACUAAGCCUGAGCAUGUGCCCCCAUAGCUCCGCCACUCUACUAGCUUUAUUAUUAUAGUUAUAUUUCUGUAUGUAGUUUUCUCUGACUAACCUCCAUCUUUUCUCUUUUGGGUUUCCAAUACGCCAUCUUCCAAUUGUCAUUUUCACUUCUUUUAUCCAUUGUUUCUUCCCCUUUUCUCCUCUUCUUCAUCUUACCUGCCGUCUUUGAAGUUGUGUUUUAAUGGGUAUUAUUAUGGAGUAACAAAGCAUCCAUUCUUCCAACCCAUUUCGUUUUAAUCGGUACCAAAUCCCGGAAAGCUAGCAAAUUUUAUCUCAGCGAAGGUUAAAUUCUUAAAGAUCCCAGCUUUAUUGAUUUUCUGUUAGACCCAGGGGAAAAAAAAAAAAGAUGGGGAAUUGCUCCGGGAAACAACACAAACCGCCGGCGGGAAUCAUCCCUUCUGAGCUCUUAAAGAAGACACCAUCAGUUCAGGAGAAACCCAAAGUGGAACUCAUUCCGCUUCCACUUCCCACGCCGCCGGAGUGUAUCAAUAAGGGCUCUCCGGUGGUGAAGCUGUACGGUCCGGCCAACAGCACGGCCACAUUUUACAUAAGGUUCGGCAUUCUGUAUAAGCCCGUUUCGUUGCAGUACACCCCUUCAAACAUUGUCGAAUCCCCUGUCCUGUACUGCGACUCCGACGUCGUUUCCGGCUCCCCGGAGGAGAUUUUCAGGUACCUGGAUUCCAAGUUCCCGGAGCCGCCAUUGUUGGUAAAGGGCGGGGGCAGUGUGAACUCAUUUGGGUGGUUUGAUAAGACGACGCCGUUGGUUGUGUGGAUGGUGAAUUUGCAGCAUAGGAGUAUGAUGUGGCAUCUGGAGAGAAUGGUGAGGUGGGCUGAGGACAUGGCUCAUCGUGGUGGGAAGACUAAAGGGGAUCCGGUGAUGGGGAGUCCCAAAAUGGAGAUGAAGAAAUUUGGGAGGAAUUAUGAAGCAUUGAUGGAGAUUAUGCUUGAGCAUGCUCGGAUGGAAGAAAGAGUUGUCUUUCCUAUCUUAGACAAGGCUGACCGAGGAUUGUCCAAAGCCGCCAAUGAAGAACAUGGCAGAGACCUGCCAGUAAUGAAUGGUAUCAAAGAAGACAUUAAGUCCAUAGGUGUUCUGGAUUUGGGAACUCCUGUCUACCAAGAGGCUCUCUUGAUUCUUUCUAAUCGUCUCAAAAAGUUGAAGGAGAAUUCUAAGCAACAUUUUGAGGAGGAAGAGAAAGAGUUGUUGCCGUAUAUGGAGGCAACAGACUUGGGUAAAGUUCAGCAGGGAAAGGUACUGGAACAGUGCUUGGAUUCUAUGCGUGAGACUCAUGGUCAUAACUUCCGUUUUUUCUUGGAGGGCCUGCUUCCUCAGGAUGCCAUACAUUACCUAGACAUGAUCAUCAAAUCUAGUGAUAAUAAUAGAGUAUCAUUGAUGCUUCAUAUGGUUGUUGACUAAAGGAUUCCUCUUGGUUUCUAUACAAUGAUUAGGGCUACCCUGUUGGAUGAAAGCAAAUUACAUUCUAGUAUUACUAAAAAGCGGCAAGAAUCUACCUUCACUUGCUUUUCUCUGCUCUCUAACCAUAGCAAAAUGAGCCCUUUUUAUCUGGUUUGGUCUUCUUUACAAGUGUGACCUGUCAUUGCCUAGUUUGUACCAUCUGUAGUGUUUUUCUUAUCUUGUAAUGUAGGCGAAAUUAGGAAGCAAAUGUGUAAGUUUUCUACUCAGCUUCAUGCAGAUAUUGUAAGGGAAUGUAUAUUAGAAAAGGGUAGUUCGAUUUAGGUUUUCAUGUUCCAAAAUUUGCUUGUACCAGGAUUGGUUUGGUGACCAAAUGGUUUGGCAUUUUGUUCCAAACACACCAAAUAUUUGGUCUGAAAAUGAGUUGUCUUAGUACCAACUUCUUUUUAACUCAUUAUUUUGAGGAUGACAAAUGGCAUAUGGUAAAAAGUCAGGGAAUAAACAUUUGGUGUUGGCUCACUCAAAGAAGGCAUUUUGCAUGUUCUUCAGCAUCCUCCUUUUUUUCUCUUUUGCUUUUUUCCCCUCUUUUUCAUCUUUAGGUUCAUGAACUCUAUAAGAGUAAGUUGUAAGGUUGUGUGAAUUGUCCCACCUUCCAGUGGGUAAGUUGAUUGCCAAACCUUUUACAUCCCUUAUGAUUUUUAUUUAUAAAGCAAGUACUGAUUCUCAAGUGAUAAUACUGUCCUGGGCCUCCAGGCUUCCCAAAUCAUUUCUGGAGGAAUUAUGUUGUAAACCCUAAACUUGAUGAGAACAUUUCAUUUGCUAAUGUGGUUG